AUGAGAACACUCUUGUAGACUCCAGGGACAGGUAACGAUCAAUUUAUUCCAGUAGGGCAAGUUUGUGGUUUGUAAUUAGAUACAUUGUAUCUUUUAAAUCUUUUAUUUUUUGUAUCGGUUUUACUGUGCAAAUUGUGUAAGUAAUCCGUUUGGUAAUUUUUGUAUUUUUACAUUGUUUCUUUUUUUCAGUAUCUUUUACAGCACUAGCACCAGCUGGAUUUACCACAGUAUGGACAUUUUAAUGCAUAUUUAUUUAUACAUGCGUUAUGCACUUGUUUGGAUCCUUUUAUUAGGUUUUUAAAUCAAAUGGGUUCACAAUCCAAUCACAUUGGCUAAAGGAUUAGGUUCCUUGAGAAUGUACACAGCAUGUCAUUAAUAUGCUAAUUAUGUUAAUUGCACACCUGUUUUAUACACUGCACGAUGGUCACUGUUUGUAUGCUUGAGAAAGGGGUAGGAACCCCGAAACGUCGCACGUCCGCUUAAAUAAAAGUAGCAAGGGGUAACCCUGCUUUUUCAAUUGCCCUGUGUGCCAGUGUACCUUUUUGGAAGCCUUUACCGAGGGGGUUGCCGAGCCCUCUACCCUGAGCACCGGGCGUCAUCGUUUACACUGAGGAGUGUGCUCUACUUCACUACCUAUUUUGGCUGUUCUCCUUUCGGCUUGAAGUAAGAAGCACCUCAUACUGAUUUAAGUAUGUCCUUUGCGGACAUUGCCGCUACAACAGACCGUCGAGCAGAGACUUUCAGUUUCACUGAAACUGAGCGGAAGAAAAUAAUUAAUGCCACACAGCCGUUGCCGGCUACAGCAACACACAGUGCAACAGAGGUUGUACGGAAGCUUGAACAGCUAAAACGAAGAGAGACGGCAUGGGCAUUGCAUCUGGCAUCCUUGGCGGAGUACGCCAAGGCUCAUCGCAUUCCCCGUGGUUUAAGAAUCACUUUACAGCCAGCAUUAUUCAGGGACAAUUCCGAGUUUUUACAAAAAUGGCGUGGCAUUCUAAAUCGAUGCAGUCUCGAUCUAAUCACGCUUACCAUUCAGCAGUUGCAGACGGGCACUCGGGAGUUAAAGCAGCAGAUACACACAUCGGAAGAGGAAUGCAAGGUAAUUCUGGAUACAGACAACACGCCAUUAAAAGAACUCGAGGCAAAGAUAGAGAAGCUGCAGCAGGAAAUACUUCAAGUAAAGCUCCGGAAAUUCACCAGGGACACCAGGGACUACGAGAGAGGGGAAGUCUACACCUGGCAAGAUACACGGAGGAAGACGCGAUAUUACAGGCGCCAGACAGCUCCUUUCGCCGACACUUCAUCUGGGGGCAGUUCGGACGAUGGACUUGUAUCACCGGUUACUUCACAACAACAGCCCCCGGUUCCUUUUUUAGGGGAAGGCUCGGCCAGACACGGAGGAAAACCCGGAGGGGGCAGAGGAAAUCAAAGCAGCACCCGUCGGGGCAAACACAAGGGACAGUUUCACAGAUGAGAACACUCUUGUAGACUCCAGGGACAGUAUCUUUUACAGCACUAGCACCAGCUGGAUUUACCACAGUAUGGACAUUUUAAUGCAUAUUUAUUUAUACAUGCGUUAUGCACUUGUUUGGAUCCUUUUAUUAGGUUUUUAAAUCAAAUGGGUUCACAAUCCAAUCACAUUGGCUAAAGGAUUAGGUUCCUUGAGAAUGUACACAGCAUGUCAUUAAUAUGCUAAUUAUGUUAAUUGCACACCUGUUUUAUACACUGCACGAUGGUCACUGUUUGUAUGCUUGAGAAAGGGGUAGGAACCCCGAAACGUCGCACGUCCGCUUAAAUAAAAGUAGCAAGGGGUAACCCUGCUUUUUCAAUUGCCCUGUGUGCCAGUGUACCUUUUUGGAAGCCUUUACCGAGGGGGUUGCCGAGCCCUCUACCCUGAGCACCGGGCGUCAUCGUUUACACUGAGGAGUGUGCUCUACUUCACUACCUAUUUUGAC